AUGGCGUCCCUUGCGCGGCUGAUUCUGUUGUGGAGCUGUGUGCCACCGGCGCUGGCCGCGUGUGAUCCGUCGCUCAGUGACUCGUGGUGGGAUGCGUGGAGAGCAAGCGGGGACGCCGGUGGCAUCCGUCAGGUGGCGCUGACCAAUCGCGAUCGCUGUGCCUACAUCGCUUUGAUUCGGAGAAUCCGCUCGGAAUCGCCCAGCUUCAGGGUGUUGGACAUUGGUGCAGUGGGGUAUCCGUGGAGCAUACAUGCAGGGCUGACUGAUGUCAUUUUCGAUUUUCAGGCCACGCAUUCGCCGAACUGCUUUUCACGAGAUGACAUGAUUGGAGCUCAGAAUUGUUGUUCUUCCAAAGGUGACGCUUGUUUUGAUCACUUGUUCACCCGUGAGCGAUGUUGCCGAGGGGAACAACCCAUUUUUCUAGGCUUGAUCGAUGGAGACGUAACCAACACCGAGGGUGCUGGUUGGGCAAGCUUGUUCCGCUUGGUGCAGAUGACUGGGAAGUUUGACUUGGUGAUUACUUCGCACCUGUUGGAAGAUUUGACGGAUCCAACUGCUUUGGUUCGGCAGCUUCCGAAAGUGGCGCAUGCCGGGCUGGUGGUGGUGCCUUGCAAGUUCAACGAGUUGGUCCGA